AUGUCGUAUCAGGGAUAUGGCCAGCCCUACGGCCGUAAGUACAAUCUCCGCAAUCCCGGCCAGUACCCUCCACAGGGCCAGUAUCCUCCUCAGCAUGGUCAAUAUCCUCCUCCGCAGGGACAGUACCCGCCACCGCAGGGCCAAUAUCCGCCUCCCCAAGGAGCGCCGUACGGCCAGUAUCCUUCCGCCCAGCCCUCGCAAGGAGGAUACUACCAGUCUCCGCCGCCGGGCCAAUAUCCUCCUCAACAAGCACCCUACGGCCAGCCGCCGCCUCAGCCAUAUGGGGCUCCUCCCCAACACCAGCAGCCCUACGGAGCGCCUACGCCAGGCCAAUACGGAGCGCCUCCCCCGCCGCCUGGAGGGCAAUACGGCGCUCCUCCCCCCGCGCCGUAUGGACAGGUACCGCCUACGCCGCCGUCUCCCGGCUAUGGCCCCCCGCAAAUCAUCCAGUAUGAUGCUACUGCCGACGCUGAUGCUUUGCGCCGCGCCAUGAAGGGUUUCGGGACCGACGAGAAGGCGCUAGUCAAUGUCCUAGCCCGGAAAGACCCCCUGCAGAUCGAGGUCCUACGGGCAACCUACGAACGUAGGCACAAGCGCAGAUUGGUAGACGACCUCGAGAAGGAGACACGAAGUUGGUUUGAAUAUGGUCUCGUGCAGCUUGCCCGUGGUCCUUUGAUGUCCGACGUGCACAACCUCUACAAGGCCAUGUCUGGGCCGGGAACGAAGGAGAUUGUCAUGAACGACAUCCUUCUGUCAAGAUCCAACGCCGACCUGAAAGCUAUCAAGAGCGCGUAUCAGCAGACAUUCCGUCGAAGCUUGGAGAACGAUGUCAAGGGCGAACUGAGCCUCAAGACAGAGAGGCAUUUCUUGAUAGUCCUCAAUGCGAACAGGGCUGAGGAUAUGGCUCCUGUGAACCCACAGCAGGUGGAAGAGGACGUCAUGAGCAUCUACAGGUCGACCGAGGGCAAGCUGGGCACCGACGAGAUUCUGGUCUGCAGCAUCCUUAGCACUCGAAACGACAACCAAAUUCGAGCCAUCGCCCAUCUCUACAAGCAAAAGUUCAACCGCGAUCUGGACAAUGUCAUUUCAAGUGAAUUCUCUGGCCAUAUGAAAGACGCUCUUCUAUUCCAACUUCGCCACGCCGUGGACAGGUAUAUGCACGCCGCCCAGCUCCUGGAAGACUCCAUGGCCGGCUUGGGCACCAAAGACCAUCUGCUCGUUUCACGAGUCAUCCGUUUCCAUUGGGACAGAAACGAACUUGCCAACAUCAAGGGCGCUUACCAGCAGAGAUACAGAAAGAGCCUGGCCAGCCGUAUCAGGUCAGAGACAUCUGGCGAUUACCAGAUGCUCAUGGUUGCCUGCGUUGGAGAGUAAAAGAUUCUUUCAUAUUUUCUUCUUUACCUAUGGUCACGUUGAUGAAUUACUGUAAUAUGAUUAGCUCUGAUGGAAAGUCACACCUAGGUUUCGUAUUGAGGCUGGGGAGCAUGAGGCGUUCGGGUGACCUGUUUAGCAUUGGAACAAACAAAAGCUUUGGAAAAA